AUGAAUUGCUUGAACGGCGGAGACUCGGUGAAGAAGAUGCCGACGGCGGCGGUGGCGCCGGAGGAGGAGACCGGGGAGCGCCGGGAAACGGCGCUCACCAUCAUGUGGCAGGUCAGCCUGCCGUUCCUGGUCGCCGGCAUGGGCAUGGUGGGCGCCGGGCUCUACUUUGACUUCAUUCAGUGUAGCGGCUUUGAUACGAAACACUGUGGGACUAAAACAGCCAGGGGAGACACCAGGAAAGAGUCUCAGAUGAAUUGCUUGAACGGCGGAGACUCGGUGAAGAAGAUGCCGACGGCGGCGGUGGCGCCGGAGGAGGAGACCGGGGAGCGCCGGGAAACGGCGCUCACCAUCAUGUGGCAGGUCAGCCUGCCGUUCCUGGUCGCCGGCAUGGGCAUGGUGGGCGCCGGGCUCUACUUUGACUUCAUUCAGCACUGGACUGUGUUUCAAAAAAUCCCAGAAAUUGUGAUCAUGGUCCCUUCGCUUCUGGGACUCAAGGGCAACCUCGAGAUGACGCUAGCUUCCAGACUAUCCACUCAUGCCAACCUGGGCAACAUGGACGGCAAAGCAGAGAAAUGGAGCAUGGCCAUGUGCAACCUUGCUCUCAUCCAGUGCCAAGGCCUGGUUGUUGCUUUCUUGGCAUCAUUGGCAGCCAUUGGGCUCGGGUGGGGUCCACAAGGCACUUUCAAUUUCCCUGAUGCCGCCCUGAUGUGUGCCUCCGCCCUGAUCACAGCCAGUGUUGCCAGCUCCCUCCUGGAAAUUGUGAUCAUGGUCCCUUCGCUUCUGGGACUCAAGGGCAACCUCGAGAUGACGCUAGCUUCCAGACUAUCCACUCAUGCCAACCUGGGCAACAUGGACGGCAAAGCAGAGAAAUGGAGCAUGGCCAUGUGCAACCUUGCUCUCAUCCAGUGCCAAGGCCUGGUUGUUGCUUUCUUGGCAUCAUUGGCAGCCAUUGGGCUCGGGUGGGGUCCACAAGGCACUUUCAAUUUCCCUGAUGCCGCCCUGAUGUGUGCCUCCGCCCUGAUCACAGCCAGUGUUGCCAGCUCUCUCCUGGGGCUUGUGAUGAUCAUGGUGAUCCUGGUGAGCAGACGUUACCACAUUAAUCCAGACAAUGUUGCCACACCAAUCGCAGCUUCCAUGGGUGACAUCACAACCCUGGCCCUGCUGUCUUUCACUGCUGAACUCUUGUUUCAUUACAAACAUAGGUUAUGGCUUUCUUUGGCUAUUAUUGGCGGAUUCAUGUCCUCGAUCCCGGUCUGGGUUUACUUCGCCAUGAAAAACAAACACACCAAGGUGGUUUUGAAGACAGGCUGGGCCCCUGUGAUCAUCGCCAUGUUCAUCAGCAGUGCUGGUGGAGUAAUAUUGGACCUGGCCAUUGGUGUGUACCAAGGGAUCGCUGUGUUUCAGCCAGUGAUAAACGGUGUAGGUGGGAACUUGGUGGCUGUGCAAUCCUCUCGGUUGUCCACCCAUUUGCAUAAGAAUGCUGUGCCUGGUGAACUGCCUCCAGAAAAUGCCCAGGUCUGUGUGUCACCCCUCACACUCUUCCUGGGGAAAGGGAUUCAUUCCGUUUGCACCAGGGUUCUGAUGACAUUCGUCAUCAUUGGACACGUUGUGUUUGCGUUGACAAUCAGCGGGCUGAAGUCUGACAAUACACCUUUGACUGCGCUUUUCAUGACGGCGUAUUUAAUUGCUGCCGUUCUUCAGGUUGGUGUUCUGUUGUACGUUGGGUACAUCAUGGUGCACUGGAUGUGGCGACGGAAGAUCGACCCUGACAGCUCAGCCAUUCCUUACCUCACAGGGCUGGGAGACCUGCUGGGAACUGCCUUUCUAGCAGCUGCUUUCCACUUUCUAUAUUUACUGGGGAGCAUUGAACAAGAUGGCCACCGAACGUGAAGUUCUGCAAAUCUUUUUUUGGCAAUAAGUGACGCAGUGCAAGCAGCGUUCAAAGGAAGGAAGUGCUGUUUCUGUUGGAAAGAAAGAAAGAAAGAAAGAAAAGAAGUUCAAUCGCUCCGAUUCUUUUCUAAAAUUUCACAACAGCUGCUCAUCAUCAUUCGUCGUUUUUGAUGAUUUUUAUGAAGCAUUCGUGCGUGUUUUUCUUUGCUGUUUUUCUUCUUUUUUUCUUUUCUUAACGCACACUUAAUAAGUGUUUAGUUUUUGUUUUUUGUUUUUUACUUCCUUCGGGUGCUUCCAGAUCGCGAUUUACUUCGGCGAACGCGUCCCGGUGAUUCUCGACUCGAUUUAGAAACCAAAUUUUAGAACCAGUGGCAAGAAAACGAAGAAAAGAAGAAGUGCUGACGACGAGGACGACGAUCUCUGGUGCAAUUGUUUUACUAGAACGGAAUAAAACGAAAAAGUAUCUUGA